AUGAUGGAAGGCGACACUUCUCGUCUAAGGUUGUCCGCUUCCAACUGGUCUCUGGCCGGAGACUCACAGUUACUGGACAUCUUACAGAGCUUGCAUCAGACGAUCAUAACAAGAUGUAAGGAGACCAAUGACCAGUUGGAGAAUAUGAUGAGGUCCUUGGACGAGGCCAGCAUACACUUACAGAAUGUUAAUAAUAAAUUCCUGGGUCUCAGUAACAGUCAGUUCGUUGAGAGCCGCGUGUAUGACGACCACACGGAGAUCGGUGAGGAUAAUAAUAAUAAGGUCCCUCCUCCCCGCGCGCCCCUCAGUCCCGUGUCGUCCCUCAAGCUGUGUGUCCGCACGCUGGAGAGUCUGCACGAGGCUGUGCCAGUCGUGGACUCGGACAGUGAUGAAGAGGGCAGCGCCCGCGUCAUCCUCCGGCCUCUGUAUCGUCGCGGUCGAGACACUCAUGAAGGUGUGUCAUCAGACGCGGACAGUGAGCCGUCCUCUCAGCUCGAGCCGGAGUAUUCUGAUUCGGACAGUGAACAUGAACAGACGGACGUACACGAGCAUACUAUGCCGCCGCAGGCUCCAGUGUUAGUGAUGCCACACACGCCGCCCGAUACGAAGAUCACGGAGCCGGUCAUCUCUCCACCGUUGGACGAGUCUCCUACAGUAAGGAAGUUGUACACAGACAGACCCGUUACAGCUCAAAUCUUCCCCGAGGAGCCUCCGCCUCUUGACCGAUACGACUCCGAUACUGAAGAUGACAUCUUCGCUGACCUACACACACAUACACACACUCACACACACACAGAGAACAUCGUUGAUGACCUGUUCGGAGUGGGGGGAAAGGGGGCGGGGCUUGAUAAAUCUGACGUCACACAACACACGCCGGUGACACAGGUCGUGAGAGAGAAGUCGCCGGUAACAACUAGUGUGGAGCCAGAAGUAAAACAGACGCCGGUACAAGAAUAUAAUACGAAGGAAAAUGUUAAAAAGCCCGCGGGUGGUAUAUCAAUGUUCGGUGAGGCGCGCCCCGAGGAUAUAGGAGCGGCUGUGUUGAGAAAAACGAGGAGACAAUCAUCAACAGACAGUGACGAUACUAACAUACAGACAAACAGAAACAAUGUUAUCGACGAACUGUUUACAAAACAUAAUAAAAAUAUCAAAAAAACACCCGUCGUCGUUAAGAAAGAACCGAAAAUUGAUAAAGUUAUAGCUGAGAGUAGCGCUAAAGAUAAAAAAGAUAAAAUAGAUCUGUUCUCUGAUGAUAUCUUUGAUGAUGUAGAUGAUAUCUUUACGAGUAACGUGAUGAACACGACUACAGACAGCAAGAAGACGUUGUUUACUGAUGAUCUGUUCAAUGAUAGCAAUGAUAAUGAUAUAUUUAAUGACACAAGCAAAUCUGUUAAGAUAGAUACCAACGUUAAUAAAGAUAAAAAAGUUAGAAACAUAUUCGAUAGUGACAGUGAAGACGACUUGUUCUUUGAUGCUAAAGGAAAAGAUAAAGAUAUAGAUACAAAAGAUAGCGGCAAAGAUAAACAUUAUAAAUCAAAUGAGAGCUUGAUAGUCAAAAACAGUAAAGAAGAAAGUCAGGCUGAACUGAAAGACCAGUUAAGUCCGAAUUUAUUUGAUGAUGAUGAUGACUUGUUUAGUGUCACGCAACCCGAGAUAGUGAGAAGUGAACACAGAGAUGAAACAAAAGAUGAUCAGAGACUAGAGAAGAAUGAGACAGAAAAUAAGAAAGAAGUUGAAAUAAAAGAGACUCAGGAUGAAGACUGGUUGGAAGAAAAACAUGUUGAUGAUGCAAACAUACGCGAUAUAGAAGAAAACAUAGUGCAUAACGAAUUUAACAACGAUUUUGAUAAUUCUGUUUCAUUAGAUGAAGAUUCAGCGAAAUCUACUGACAGAGAAAAUAAUGAUGAGAAAUUAAAAAGUAAUUAUAGUCUGAUAAAGACAGAAAGUGACUUUAUAAAAGAAACAAAAGAUAAUAAAAGUGAAAAGGAAAGAAUAGAAGAUGUAAAAGAUACGAAUAAGAAUGAUAUAUUCGUAGACAUCUUCAGCGAUCUGCCUCCAGCCUUCGAGAAGCCGAUUGAACCGAAGAAGAGUAAGAACGUGAACGCUCUGUUCGACGACGACUCUGAUGAUGAGGCGCUGUUCUUCAAGAAGGAUGACGUCAUCACCGACAUGAAACCGGAAAUAGACUUCGGCAACGACAGGUUCAGGAUAUUCAACGACGAACCACCGGAUAUUGAUGUGGAUUUUACCACCAAGACUGAUAGAGAAGAACACACGACUGAUGUGGCUGAUGACUUAGAAGCUUCGGCGGAUUUUGAGUCUGUCUCUAAUGAAGAAACUAAUACGGGGUCAGAAAAACCGAUUGAAUUUAAAGAUACGAAAAAUGACGGUGUUAAUGAUAACAUAGAUAAUGUAACAAAAAACACUAACAAAAUAAACAUACUGAAAUUACUAGAGAAUGAGGAAAAUACUGAUGGAGGAAAUGAAAAUAAAGAUUUAUUUACAGACGUAGAAAAAGAUGAUGCGCUCUUUACGACUAAAACAGAAACAAAAGAAGUUAAGACAGAAGAAGAAACAGAUUCGUCGGAAAGAGAGAAUAGAGUUAUAGGAAAGUUGAAGACGAAACUCAAUAUAAACGUUAAUACAUUAUUACCGGGAGCUGCUCCCAAGAAACCUUUGAACUAUGAAGAGACAGACGGACAGGUGACGUCCAGAACUAAACAAGACUCUUCUGUUGACGAACAGAAAGAAAGAGUAGUCAGCUUCAAAGAAGAAACGAACUCAGGAGUAUUAGAUAACAAGUUAUCCAAAGAAAGAGCUCGGAUACAGGUCAAGAGACGACCCUCGACCAGGCGAGCCAGACUUGAAGCUGUGAGGAAGACCGGUCUAGACUUAGGGUCAGACUCAACAGAUAACUCGAGCUCGUUUGAUGAACCGGUCAGAGAUAUAACUAGAGACAACGCUACUUAUAAAGAAACUACGACAGGGACUAAACAAACAGACAACAAAGACGUUGUCUCUAAAGUUGUUUAUGUUCUGAACGAUGAGGAUAUAUUCGAUAUACCUAAAACAGAAACAGAUGUUAGAAGGCCUCAGGAGGAGGAUCUGAAGAAAACAAUUAAAACUACAGAGAACAGAGAUCAAGAAAUAAAAGGAGAGGAAAGGCAAGAACAGAAGACAGAAGGAAAGAAAACAAAGAAAUCAUUGUUUGAUGACAGCGAUGAUGAUACGGAACUGUUUGGAAAACAAACAAAGAAAUAUAUCUUCGACUCGGACAGUGACAGCGAACUGUUCGGAAAAGAUAAAGGAAAGAUAGUGAAAGAUAUGAAAACUGAGGAAAAAGAUAAAGAAAAAAAAGUUGAGAAGAAACCGACGAAAAUACAUCUGUUCAGUGACGACAGUGAUGAAGAUUUGUUCGGAGGAAAAACAAAGAAAAUAGAAGUAAAGAAACCAUCACAACCCAGAGCAGCUCCGAGAACAUUACAAGCAUUCGAUGAUCCACUGUCAGUGUUAGAAGACGGACACUCACAUGAAUUAGACUAA